AUCCAGCGGCUGCAUCCUUCGGAGGACCCAGCCUUCGACCGUCAACUCGACCAAGCAGUCCCUGAAAGGAGACUGUCUGGUCAUCAGAGGAUUUCCUGUUUGCGUCACCAGCUUUUCGCGCCCCCACCCUUUUGCCGCUCCCGUCUCCUAGCAACCAGCUGCGGUUGUCAUAAAAGAGGUAAAGCUAAGUUAAAAGAUUAAAAUGGACGAGUUGCUAUAAAUAGUGCAGCGGCUGUGUAACACAAGUGUGAUCUGAUCAGGUCCCAUGUUGUUAGUUUUAACACUUAGCCAAUAAUUACAUCUAAAUGUGAAUUCUCCCAUUGCUAGUUCACUAGUCGCCAUGUUGAUAAAAAAAAUAAAAAUAAACUUAACCGGCACGCAAUGAAUCUUGGGAUAUGUUGGGCCGUGAUGGAUCCAUCAGUUGUAUCCUCCGAAUCUGGGAAAAGUAGGCUACAUUUGUCGGCCGCAUUAGAAGGAGUCUUCGAAAUAGGACAGCCUCGUCGAGGCCGCCUGACUCAAUCAGUCUACAAAUGCAACCCCCGAAGGAUGCGGCCGCUGGAUUGGGACACAACUAUAAACACAGUUACUUCGAUUAUUUGAAUUUUGAAAAUGGGUGUCCUGGCUGUCAGUUUAAGUUUAAAUUGAAUGAGUAUAGAUACAAGUAUGCACUGUCGAGAAUAGUUUUUCUCUUUCGUGUCACAGAUAUAAUUUCGUCAUCUGAAGUCUUCAUGAUGUGCAUGAAACGUCUUAGGAGGCAUGAUCUCCACCACCUCUUCAGACUACGAGGUGCAGGAUCUUCUGGGGUCCGGCACUUAUAUGGAGUGGUCCCCCAAUGCAAGAAGUUAGCCGCCAAUAAAACGCUGGCUUUUAAAGUCCUAAGAUGUAAUGCGCAAAACAGUCCAAUUGAGCUUUACCUCCACAAGCCACAACAGUAAAAUGCUAGUUAAACUAUAAUCAACAGUUAUAAUUAUCAAACAUUCAUUUCUUCAAAGUGCAGUUAGUGUUGUGGUUUCUAAAAUCUGAACGUUUGGGAGAAUUUGCCUGUAGACUGUACUUUAAAUGAUUAGUUUGUAAUUUUUGGAAAUGCUCUUAUUUGCUCAGUUCUUAAAUGUUAGAUGCAUUUUUUACAUUUGCACAAAAUGUUUAAUAUGAAGCUGAAGCCAGGAUGGUUAGUUAAUUGUAGCAUGAAGCCUGGUUCUGUUGAAGAGGAAUGCAGUGCGACGAAUCUCCAGCAGGGGGCGAUAACAACAGCACAAGUAUCACCUGCCGUAAAGUAAAAAUGGAGAAGAAGACAACAAACAAAUCGACAAAUCGACUCCACCAUGUAGCGAAAACUGAUUGUUUAGAAUAUUAGACGUUUAAUCGGAGUGUACAUCUUAUUUAGAGGAGUUUUGAAGGGUCAGUUGGAUAACUACCUCAGUCCCAUCUUUGUCAUUUAGCUAGUGACUACCAAUACUAGCCAACUGUGGCUGGCUGGCUAGCUAGCUGGAUCACAGCAGCUAACCUCAGCUGGCGUUACUUAAAACUUUCUACACCGGUGUGAGAAGAUGGACCCAAGUGUCUUCACGGACGUUUCCAAAGGUGACCCCUUACCUCUGGCGUCGCUGCGCCUCCUGGUCCCACCUUUCCAGCUUAUGGCAGCCUCCAUGUGGCAGGUUUUGAGGAAACAAGAUGUCAUGAACUACUGGAAAGUGGCAGAGUUUGUCUCUUUGGUGAUGGACAUGGUCCCAGGGCUGCUAAUGUACAAGAACAGGACACAACUUAAUUUGGGAUUAAGAGCCAGGUAUAUUCUUGAGUUGUGCCGAAGUGAACAGCCUGUGGAACCUGGCUUCAUCUUGUCCAUCUUGGAACAAUUUAAACCCCGACACCCCACCCUGAUAGACACGAAUGAAUCACAAGAGGAGGAAGUAGUGGUCAACUUUCUUGAGUUGAUCCAGACUCUGCUCAAAGAUCCCGAAGAGAGACAAUAUUUUUUCUUGGAGGUCUUCCCUGCUGAGUAUGGACCUCAGUAUGACAGCGACUUGCAGAUGCUGUUUUCGGAGUUCCUCUGUCGGCUGGCUCAGCUGUUGCCAGUUCCUGACCUCGAGCAGACUGUUUCCUGGCUUGGAGCCGAAUGCUCUGUGUUUGAGGAUUGUGUGCAUUCAAUCUCUGAUCCUACAGACCUAAACAUUUUGCUCGAGCACCACAAACACCUCGGGCAUCUAGAGCAACACGUUCCACCCUCCAGCAUGGGCGACAGAAUCCUGUCCUCCCUGUCCUUAGCUCCGUCUAGCAGAGCGGUAAAACCCAAGGAACAACCCGACCAAUCCAAUCCACUGGAAGGCCUCCGCGAUGACGCACACACCGUGUCAUUCGUGGAUGACGUAGCAGUUGAAAUCAUUGCAGUGACCGAUUACGCAGAGGUGGAGUUAGACGCAAGCGCUGACAUUGAGGUAGUGAUGGGAGAGAACUGCUUUGAAGGAACAGACGUAGACGUGGAAGCCCAAGACUCGCUGGUAGUGCUUCCUGGAGAGGCGACCAUGGAAGAAGAAGUGGAUGAAGCAGGGGAAGAGGAGACGCAGGACAAAGUGGCGAGUAGUUCGGCAGAAACCAUCCUUCCAGAGAUUAACGAGGAGAACUUGGCCUCCUCCCAACAAAAAGUCUCAGCGGGACCUCAUGACUGCCCGGACUGCGAGAAGAAAUUCAAGUUUGCCUCCUCGCUAAUUGCCCACAGGGUCAUCCACACCGGGGAACGCCCCCACCGGUGCAACGUCUGCGGUCGCUGCUUCUCGUUCAGGCAGUCCCUCGACAGGCACAGACACACGCACAGAACGGGACGCAAGAACAGCUGCGUCGUCUGCAUGGAGACCUACCACUCCUUGUCCGCCCUCAAGGAGCACAAGCAGACGCACAUGGAAGACGGUGUUUACACGUGUCAUGGGUGCGACAAGAAAUUUAACUGGGAGCUGGCGCUUGCAAAGCACCUACAAACUCAAACUGAUGAUCACAAUGCAAACAAGCCCACAGCGAGCGGUGAGGAUGGACGAGAGGCAGUUAUAGGCGAUGAAAAUGUAUGCGAGGCUCCUGUUGCACCUGCUCAACCCGACAGACCGCUGGAGGCGGAUGAUGAUGAUGAUGAUGAUGUUGGUGAUCAAGAUCCGGGGAACGUGCAGGUUCAGAGCAGUGAGCGUGCCACCUCGGCGCCUGAAUGCACCAUUGCUGAACUUGACAAGGAGUUCGUUUCCCCGGUGAAGGUCCGCACAAGUGGGCGCAAACGUAAACCGACCAUGAAGAUCCAGGUGAUACAUUUUCAGAAGCGCAUGGCCACUAAACGAAGGAAGGAGAUCACCAAGGCCAAGCCUCUAGAGCUGAAGCCUUUGCCUUUCAAUAGUGCAGAGCACUCUUAUGGGUCGCCCAUGGUCUCUGCAAAGGUCGGUGAAGACAGUUCUGUCACAGAUGGCUCAUCAGCUGCUUUCUCCUGUCCUAAGUGCUCCUUCCACCACUCAGAAGAGGCCCAGGUCCAGCAGCACAUUGACAAGGUCCAUUCCGUUGAGACUGAGGAGGACGAGCCGUCCUCUCAGCCUCCCAUGGAUGAAGAGGGCCGCUUCAGUUGCCCAGACUGUGAGAAGAGCUUCAAGUUCCAGUCCUUACUAAAAGCUCACCAGCGCAUCCACACGGGCGAGCAGCCCUUCCUGUGUUCUCAGUGCGGACGGCGGUUCUCCUUCAAACAGUCGUUGGAGAGGCACAGGCAGACGCACAAAACCGGGCGCAAGUACGAGUGCCUGAUCUGCGGGGAGUUCUUUAAGUCCCUGGUGGCUCAGAGGGAGCACAAGAGCACCCACAUGGAGAACGGCGAGUACCUGUGUUCGGAGUGCGGCCGGGCGUUCGCCUGGAAGUCCGCACUGGUGAGACACCUGAAGACCCACGGCGAGGAAGCGGACAAGGUUGGGCGUCCUUACAAAUGCCCUCGCUGUGAGCUGGGCUUCAGCUGUGCCAGCUACCUCAGCAGGCACCUCCAGACUCACCAGGAAGAGAGAGUGCACACCUGCAACUGCGGGAAGAGCUUCGCUUACCGGGCGGCUCUCACUGCGCACCAGCGCAUUCACCAAAAGGAUAGGCCGCACAGUUGCCCGCAGUGUGGCAAGGGAUUCCUCUACAAGGGGGGUUUGCUGAGCCACAUGAAGAUCCACUCGGAGGAGAUGCCCUUCAUGUGUUCCUUCUGCGGCAAGAGCUUCAAGAGGGAGCGCAACAUGAAGAAGCACGAGCGCUGCCACACCCGGGAGAACGUCUUCAGCUGCUCGCAGUGCGACAAGAGCUUCGUCUACAAGGCCACCCUGAUCCGCCACGAGCUGACUCAUUCGGGCGAGCGGCCGUACCUUUGCUCUGACUGCGGUAAGGGCUUCUUCUCUCACGCCGAGCUCCUGAAGCACGAGCGUUUCCACACGGGUCACAAGCCCUUCCAGUGCCCCCACUGUGGCAAGAAAUUCACUCAGUCUUGCUACCUGACCAUCCACCUGCGCUACCACACGGGGGUCCGGCCGUACUCCUGCGCCGAGUGCGACAAGAGCUUCCUCAGUGCCAACCGCCUGAAGAGACACCAGCGAACGCAUUCAGGGGAAAAACCAUACCUCUGUGUGGAAUGCGGGAAGGGAUUCAGGCAGUCAUAUAAUCUCAAAAUGCAUCAACGAACACACAUCAUGAAGAUAAAAUAGUCAAGCCUUCAACUAUUGAUCUGGAGAUUAAUAUUUUGGAAAUUUAAAUUUGAUUAAAGAUUAGAGUGGAACAAAAUUAACUGUAGAUGAAUUUUUGUGACUUAACCUCCCAUGCAAUUGGAGUGAACAGCUUCUAGUAUCUAGGAAGAAGAGGGUCAUGUUGAUUGUUCUCAUUACACUGAAUGCAUUUGAUUUCCAGGUGGU